AUGUCAAUCUUCCCCGCCAACACACUUCCGUGCCAGCUCGUGCAGCCCGGACCGAGCCGUUUGCAGAUGUUAAAGCGUUCUCAAUAUCUACGCAACUCGACUGGCAAGACACAGGUAACAUUCAACCACGACAUUAUGCAAGUCAGAGUCGUAGAAUCUUCUCAAAAGCCUGGAGAGCAUGCGGCAGUCGAUCGUAAACAUCAGCAUGCUCAGGAAAACGUGCCAUAUUCAGUCUUCACCAAUGUGGAGAAAAGGUUCAUUAGCUCAAUUGCAUCAUUCGGUGCCAUGUUCUCUACUCUCAGCAGCUAUAUAUAUUUUCCGGCCAUUGUUCCCAUGUCCCAAGACCUCGGUGUCUCUGUCACUCUCAUCAACCUCACGGUCACUUCUUACCUAGUGGUUGCGGCGAUCGCUCCAGCGUUCAUGGGAGAUAUCGCGGACCAGAGAGGCCGCCGGCUUGCCUAUCUCUUGAUGUUCACGCUUGUGGUUGGUUCCAAUAUCGGCAUUGCAUUGCAGAAGUCUUACCCUGCUCUUCUUGUGCUGCGUAUGAUUCAAAGCGCAGGAUCAUCGGGAACCUACGGAGCUGCUUACGGCGUGCUAGCCGAUAUCACUACAACAAGCGAGCGCGGCUCCUACGUUGGCUCGCUUAUAUUAUUCACCAAUGCUGCGCCGAGCUUUGGCCCAGUUAUCGCUGGCGCCUUAACCCAAAAGCUGAACUGGCGAUGGAUCUUCUGGUUUCUGGCUAUUCUGACUGGGACCUCGUUGGCAGCGCAAUGCAUCGAAAUUUAUCAUCUGGACUACCUUCAAGCCGGUCUUAUAUACCUUCCAUCCGGAAUUGGUGGGGCUCUGGGAUCCUACAUUACAGGCAAGGUGCUCGAUCGGAAUAUCAAUCGCUUUGCAUCCAAGCACGGUACCAGUGGGAAAUACCAUCGGGGUAAUGACAUCUCAGAUCUUGAAAUUGAGCAAGCUCGCCUCAAAGGCGCCCAUUUCUUAAUCGUCGUCAGUGCAGCCGGGACGGCGGGAUACGGGAUUAGCUUGAUGAGAGAAGCAGUAUGUCUCCAACUCCUCGCCACCAACCUGAUCUGA